AGUAGGGAAGCCACCAGUGGUAGAGCUGGCAAAAAGACGGAAAGGAGGGAAAGACAGAUAGGCGAGAGACAGACAGGAGACAGGAGACACACAGCACGAGACAGGAGGACAAGCCCCGAAAGAGACAGAGCGUCUGACCUCGGCUGACCGUCUGUGACGUUACCAAACGUCACUUUGAGGUCUGACAGCAGCGGAAUAACUGAGGAGGAGAUGUGACUGGCCUUUCUUCUUCUUCUCCUCCUCACACGGAGCUAAUUUCACAACCGAGGGGCAGCAGUGUGAACACAGCCGCAGUGAUCCCUUCAUCUCAGGCCUUGUGGAUUUACUCUCUGCCUUCAUCUAAAAGGGAUGCCCUAUUGAUUCCUGCUUUCUAACAAAGCCCAUUGAUUACAGCGAGGGUGCCGGAAAGGCCUUGAUCAUAGCUAUGUCAACACUGCGUCAGGAUAAUUCAGAAAGUCAAGAAGGACUACUGUAGAAGAGUGACCGCAGUUUGUUCCAUCCUACAUUUUUUGCUUAUACUGAUCUUUUGUGUACUUUUGAGCAUGUAUUUUUGAUUUGCCUGAUUUAUUCAUUUGAAUCAGACCCUCUUUCAUCACUAUAGUACACACACCAUAUUCAGUUACCAUGUACGGUAGCUCCCGUUCCGUCUCAAAGCUGGACGUUGUUGGAUCCAAUGGUAACGGCUCAGCGUCUGGGAGCCCCGGUCGCUCUCCACGCCUCCCCCGCUCCCCACGCCUCGGACACAGGCGAAACAGCAGCAGCAGCUCCACCGGCGGACUCACUGGCUCCGGUAAAACCCUGUCCAUGGAGAAUAUUCAGUCUCUAAAUGCUGCCUACGCUACAGGCGGUCCCAUGUACUUUGCUGACACAAUUGAUGACCCGAUCGGCAUCGGGAGCCUGGGCAGUGGGCUGAAUCCACAGCUGCCCAAAAGCACCAUGACCCUUGGCAGGGCUGGGGCCAGGGUCCCCUAUGGGGUCAGAGCGGCUGUCAUGGGGAGCAGUCCGAAUAUAAACACUGGAGGAGGAGUGGGAGGUGCUGCCAUUCCCAGUGAUGCAAUAGCAUUUGGUGGGGAGCUGCAAAACCAGAUCGCACAGGCAGCUACUGUCCCCCACUCCAUGAGACAGGUGAGAGACGGCGCAAUGUCAGAUCUGCAGACACAGCUAAGAGAAGUGCUGAGAGAGAACGAGCUGCUACGCAGAGAACUGGAGGCCAAAGAGUCCAAGUUGAGCUCCUCUAUGAACUCCAUAAAGACGUUUUGGAGUCCGGAGCUGAAGAAAGAGAGGGCGCUGAGGAAGGACGAAGCCACGAAGAUGGCCGUGUGGAAGGAGCAGUACAGAGUGGUGCAGGAGGAAACACAGCAUUUGCAGUGCACCAUCCAGGCUCUACAAGAUGAGCUCAGAAUCCAGCGAGACCUCAACCAGCUCUUCCAGUCUGAUUACUCAGAGUCCGGUCUCUUGGGAAACCAGCCCAUCCCCCCUCAGGAAAUGACAGAGGAGAACUUCCUGCGUCUCCAUGGCGAGUACGAGCGCCAGGUGAAAGAGCUCUUCCUCCUGAGGAAGACUGUGGAAGAAAUGGAGCUGAGGAUAGACACACAGAAACACACACUGACUGCCAGGGAUGAAUCCAUAAAGAAGUUACUGGAAAUGUUGCAGAGCAAAGGCCUGUCAUCACGGGCAACUGAAGAAGACCAUGAACGAACGAGGCGACUGGCCGACGCUGAGAUGACCAUCCACCAACUGGAGGGCCUACUGGAGCAAAAAGACAAGGAGAUGCUACAACUCAGAGAGGAGCUGCACAGGAGAUACGAAGCAGCUCCAGAAUCAACGAAGACCAAGGCUUUGCAGACAGUCAUCGAAAUGAAGGAUGCAAAGAUCAGCUCGAUGGAGCGCGGCAUAAGAGAGCUGGAGGAGGAGGUGAACAUGCUCAAGUCCAACGGAGCUCUGAGCAGCGAGGAGAGGGAGGAGGAGAUCAAACAGAUGGAGGUCUAUAGAUCCCACUCCAAGUUCAUGAAGAACAAGGUUGAGCAGCUGAAGGAAGAGCUCACUCACAGCCAGUCAGAGAAGGAGGAGCUAAGGCAGCGAGCCAGUGAGCUUCAGCGGGAGGUGUCCGCAAUGGAGCAGGUAAAACAGGAUCUGAGUCGUAAGGACAGCGAGCUGCUGGCAUUCAGGACCAAACUGGAGACUCUGAACAAUCAGUUUUCUGACAGUAAACAACACGUGGACGUCCUGAAGGAGUCACUCACUGCCAAGGAACAGAGAGCCGCUAUACUGCAGACUGAGGUGGAUGCACUGCGUCUCCGUUUAGAGGAAAAGGAAUCCCUCCUGGCUAAAAAGAGUCAGCAGAUCUCAGAGCUGACGGAGGAGAAGAGCACUCAGAAUGGAGAGAUCAGCGACCUCAAAGACAUGCUGGACGUCAAGGAGCGCAAAGUGAAUGUGCUGCAGAAGAAGAUAGAGAACCUCCAGGAUCAGCUGAGGGAUAAAGAGAAACAGCUGGGCGGCCUGAAAGACAGAGUCAAGUCUUUACAGACAGACACCUCCAACACCGACACAGCACUGGGAACACUGGAGGAGGCUCUGGCUGAGAAGGAGCGAAUCAUCGAGCGGUUGAAGGAGCAGCGGGAGAGAGAGGAGAAAGAAAAAGGGGAUGAGAUGGAGUCCAGCAAGAAGGAGCUGAAGGAGUUGAGGGAGAAAGUCUCCCAGCUGCAGGCUGACUUGGCUGACCGUGAGACUUCUGUGUUGGAUCUGAAGGAGAAAGCUUCCUCUCUGGCUUCCUCCACCCUGAAGAAGGACAACAGGCUGAAGAGUCUGGAGAUCACCCUGGAGCAGAAGAGAGAGGAAUGUGUCAAGCUCGAGAACCAGCUCAAGAAGGCUCAGAGUGCAGCGGCAGAUUCCCAGGCCAGCACUGAACUCUCCGAACAGAUCUCCACCCUGGAGCAGGAAGUGACCCGGCACAAAGAGGAUGCUGGGAAAGCCCAGUCCGAGGUGGAACGACUUCUGGAGAUCCUGAGGGAGAUGGAGAAUGAAAAGAACGACAAGGAGAGAAAGAUCCACGAAUUGGAGAGGCAGAUGAAGGACCAGUCGAAGAAGGUGGCCAACCUGAAACACAAGGAGCAGCUGGAGAAGAGCAGGAACGCCCAGCUGAUGGAGGAUGCCAAGAAGAGAGAGGACAAUCUGAACGAAAGCUCCCAGCAGAUAAAGGACUCCCUCCGUCAGAAGGAGGAGCGCAUUGAGGAGCUGGAGGAGGCGCUGAGGGAAAGCGUUCAGAUCACAGCGGAGAGGGAGGUGGUGCUUGCCCAGGAGGAGCAGGCACGCACGCAGUCGGAGAAACAGGUGGAGGACCUGCUGGUUGCCAUGGAGAAGGUGAAACAGGAACUGGAGGUGAUGAAAGCCAAGCUGUCAUCGACUCAACUCUCACUGGCCGAGAAGGAAGGUCACCUGACCGCACUGCGGGCCGAGAGGCGGAAACACCUGGAGGAGGUCCUGGAGAUGAAGCAAGAGGCGCUGCUGGCAGCCAUAAGUGAGAAAGAUGCCAACAUCGCCCUUCUGGAGCUCUCCUCAUCCAAGAAGAAGAAAACCCAGGAAGAAGUAGCAGCUCUGAAGAGGGAGAAGGACGGUCUGGUUCAUCAGCUCAAACAGCAGACUCAAAACCGUAUGAAGCUGAUGGCCGACAACUACGAGGACGACCACCUGAAGGUCUCCUCUCCGAACUCAGAGCAGCCCAACAAUCACAAGCCCUCCCCAGACCAGAUUCUCUCUCCUCUCCUGGAUCUCAAUCAGAAUCGCAGUAAACUGAAGCUGUAUAUCAGUCACCUGACCUCACUGUGUCAGGAGCGAGACCCAAUCAUACUGCAGGACUUUGCCCCGCCCCCCGCCUAUCACCGCUCUGACUCCGCCUCCUGGCAAACGCAGCUGCACAGCAUGACGCAGGAACAGUUGGAGGCGGAGUUAGCGCUGUGUGAGAGGGAGGGGGCGGAGCUCCAGGAGUACGCCAAUCAGGUCCUGCAGCAGAUCGCCGACCGAUGCCCCGACAUUUUGGAACAAGUGGUCAACGCUCUAGAGGACAGCUGCUGACACACGAGUGCACACACACUGACAGAAACAUAACGAAGCUUACAGUCAUUAGUUUGCACGCAAAGUCAGAAAGCACGCCAACACAUGUGGGAGCAUCGGAGGUCUCCAGCAAGCCCCCAUAACCUUCUGAUACAUGAGUAAAAUCACAGGAUGAAGACUUUCUCUGCCACUCUCAUUCAUACUGAAACAUAUUCUUCCACCAUGUCUUUAGUCGCUAUCAUUUCAAACUAACGGUGCCAUCUGAGGGAAAUAUUCUUCGUCUUUCAAAGUGCUUUGUUGGCAUGUUAAUUGGAAGUAGUUGAUGUUUUUGAGAUGUAUUUUCCUAACUGCUCGGAAACAGAAGGAGCCGUCACUGCACUCGCCAUCUGUGACACUUCACAGCGGCCAUCUUGUGUCCUCGCAGGCAAUCAGCAGACUUGUAAUCGUGACUUGCUGUAUUUUACCAAGGGAUGGAAAUUAUUUUCAAACUGUCUGAACAGGGUGAAAGUGAGCGGUGCUUGCCAGGUUUGUUUCUGAUGCCAGACUUACACGCUGUUACCACAUUGUUAUUUGAUUGGUUCAGAUACAAAAGUGUGUUUAUUUCAGCUGCCUUUGAUUCUUUACAUCAUUUGCUGCUAUCUUUUAAACUUUUUUCUCCAUUUCUUUUUUUUUUUUUUUUUUCUGAUGAAACGUCCCAACUUGCAGUUUGUUUCAGCAGUCGUCUCUGGACAGUUGUGUAUAUUGUAAAGAGAGAACAUUAGCUAACAGACACGCAGCUUUCGUCAGGGGAACACAACACUUUCAUCUGUUUUCUUUUUUCCCCUCAUUACUGAUGAAAGGCACAAUAAAUCUCGCAAUACUCCCUUUAUUAAAACACACCAGUGUAGAUGUUCUGUGUUUCUUUUGAACCUAACAUGUUCAGUUAUGGCGUCCAUGCUGACAUUAGGUUGUGUUCAGACAAUCCCCUUUCUUACCAUUUUGUGACAAUCCCUUUAGAGUUAACAUGGAGGAACCUGAACCCUUACUGAGACACCUUUUUUUCCUGGGGGAGGUAGGGAAUAUAAAAUGAUUGCUAUAUAUUUUUUUGCUUUUGGUAAUAUAUAUAUAUAAAACACUAAUCUUGUUUAAUUGAAAAUAUUGUCAUGUAUUGGUUGGUAUGUUACAUAAUGUGUCAAAUCUUUUUUUCUUUUUUUUUGUGAUUUGCAAGUAACCACAGAUUUGUUCCGUACGCAGGAAACUGUUAGCGGGAACGUGUAUUGCACCUACAUGAGGCUCUGUGUCCACCGGGGGAACGUUGUCUCAGAAUUCUUGUUCUUGUUGUUUACAGUGGAAAUGACACUCUGAUGCAUGUUUCCCACAGCGCUGACAGCCUUAGCAUGAUUUCAACACUAACAGCACCGAGCACCAGAGGGUUGAAUUGUUUCAAUCAAAAGCUCCACUAACAGGUUUUUUAAAAACUCUUACACUGCGGUGAGUGCUGCAGCCGUGACUGGCCACAUGCAGCUGUCCAGCGCUGCUCCCUGAAAAGAAAAUACCUGGUGGAGACAAAGCCUAAAGAUGGGGGUUUACUCUGCACACUCAGAUCUGAUUUUACACCUUCAGAAGGCACCUUUGAUGUGUAUUAAAAAAAAUCACAGGUGUAAAUGAGUUUCAUUCCAAAAUAUUUCACAUCUGUUUUAUGAGGAGAAAUGGAAGCGGUUUGAAUUUACUAAAUGCUCCAAUGAACACCAAGAGGCUCUUAUUUUGGAAUGAAGCUCCAUCAGAUCUGAGCUCGUGAUGUAAAUCCAAUAUUUUGUUGUCUGUUUUAUACUGAUUAUGUUGUGGAACGGCGAUGACUGGGAGUCACUGUGACUUGGAUUGAAAUCAGAAUGAGGGAAUGGAAUAAAAUAUUGAUUUAUCUUUAUUUUACUGU